CUCACCAAGAAAGAAAAACAGACACACGUCACUGUUCGCCUUGUCCGGUCGUUUCUGCUCCAUUCCUCCUCCUGCAAGCCGCAAAGGAAUCAGGCGGAGUGGCGCGAUGGGAGAGCAGGUCGUGACGGAGCAGAUCCAGCGGAAGCUGGAGGAGGUCAACGCUACCGUCCAACAGCACCUCGCGGGUGUCCAGGACCACAUCAACUUCACCAUGCAGCAAGCAUACUUCAAGUGCGCAUAUGGUUGCUUUGAUCGGCGCCAUACUCAGGAAGCGAUCAGCAACUGUGUGGAGAAUUGUAGUGUGCCUGUCCUUGCUGCCAACAAUAUUUUUGAGAGUGAGAUGGCCAAGUUUCAGGGAAUGUUGAACCGGUCAUUGAGGGUCUGUCAAGAUAAGUUUGAAGCUGCCAAUCUCCAGAAGUUGAAAUCAGAUGCAACUCGGGAACUGGAAUCCUGUGUCAACAGAUCUAUUGAUGACAGCCUCAGGGUCCUUCCGCAUGUGGUGGAUCAGAUCAAGUCCACCCUCAAAAUCAAUUAGAGGCACUAUUACUUUUAGCAAAUGAACCAGAUAUAGUUGAGAAUGUUUCAUAUUCACAUUCGCUGCAUAACUCCACAUUUUCAGAGCUCUUACCGAUAUUGAUAGAACAUGAUCACCCUAUCGUAGUUUUUUGGAUUCUGCUCUUACCACCUAGUCCUGGCAUGUCAACAGCGUCGACAUUUUGAACUCUACUGAGAACACAGCUUAGGCAUUGAAAGGCUGGAUGAACUUGUUGUGCUACAUGUACAAGAAUACUCUUACGUCUUGUGAUUUUUU